GUGAGACUGGGGUAAGUCAGCAUGUGUGGCCGUCCUCUUGGUACCCGGUGGAAGAUGCAGGUUUUGCGCUAGUCCUCGGCAGGGGGAGCGCCGUCUCCGGCGCAGAGAGGCGUCUAGAGAACUCUGCACCUUAAUCCCAUUUUGGAGACCGUGAGACGGCACGCCUCUGUCGCCCCGCGGACAGGUGCAACAUCCUCACGGACUGAACCUUCUCCGUCUGAAUGACGAGCCAGGAUGGCCGGUGGACGGAGGGGACUCGUAGCCCCUCAGAACACUUUUCUUGAGAAUAUUGUCCGGCGCUCAAACGUUUGGACCUUAUCUCAUAGACAGACAGACACAAACUUUGUCCUGGGGAAUGCUCAGAUUGUGGACUGGCCCAUUGUGUACAGUAAUGAUGGAUUCUGCAAGCUGUCGGGCUUCCACCGGGCCGAGGUCAUGCAGAAGAGCUGCACCUGCAGCUUCAUGUAUGGAGAGCUCACAGAUAAGGAAACGACUGAGAAGGUUCGACAAACAUUCGAUAAUUAUGAGAUAAACUCCUUUGAAAUUCUCAUGUACAAGAAGAAUAGGACACCCGUGUGGUUCUUUGUGAAAAUCGCUCCCAUUCGCAACGAACAGGAGAAGGUGGUGCUGUUCCUCUGCACCUUCAGUGACAUCACUGCCUUCAAGCAGCCCAUCGAGGAUGAGUCAUCCAAAGGUUGGGGAAAACUGGCCCGUCUGACCCGGGCGCUGACAAGCAGUCGAGGCGUUCUGCAGCAGCUGGCUCCCGCCGUCCAGCGCGGGGAGAACGUGCACAAACACUCACGCCUGGCUGAGGUGCUGCAGCUGGGCUCAGACAUCCUCCCUCAGUACAAGCAGGAGGCCCCAAAGACACCCCCUCACAUCAUCCUGCACUACUGCACCUUCAAGACCACCUGGGACUGGGUGAUCCUCAUCCUGACCUUCUACACGGCCAUCAUGGUGCCCUACAAUGUGUCCUUCAAGACCAAGCAGAACAACGUGACCUGGCUGGUGGUGGACAGCAUCGUGGAUGUCAUCUUCCUGGUGGACAUCGUGCUCAACUUCCACACCACGUUCGUAGGCCCUGCCGGGGAGGUGAUCUCUGACCCCAAGCUCAUCCGCAUGAACUACCUGAAGACCUGGUUCGUCAUAGACCUGCUGUCUUGCCUGCCUUAUGAUGUCAUCAACGCCUUCGAGAAUGUGGACGAGGGCAUCAGCAGCCUGUUCAGCUCGCUGAAGGUGGUGCGCCUGCUGCGUUUGGGGCGGGUGGCUCGGAAGCUGGACCACUACCUGGAGUAUGGGGCGGCCGUGCUGGUGCUGCUGGUGUGUGUGUUCGGCCUGGCGGCUCACUGGCUGGCCUGCAUCUGGUACAGCAUCGGAGACUAUGAGAUCAUCGACGAGGAGGCCAACGCGGUGCGGAUGGACAGCUGGCUGUACCUGCUGGGCGAAGCCACGGGGUCUCCGUACCGCUUCAACGCCAGCGGCUCAGGCCGCUGGGAGGGCGGGCCCAGGAAGGAGUCUGUCUACAUCACCUCCCUGUACUUCACCAUGACCAGCCUCACCAGCAUCGGCUUCGGAAACAUCGCCCCCACCAGCGACGGCGAGAAGAUCUUUGCCGUGGCCAUGAUGAUGAUUGGAUCUCUACUGUACGCUACGAUCUUUGGUAACGUCACCACCAUCUUCCAGCAGAUGUACGCCAACACCAACAGGUACCACGAGAUGCUAAACAGCGUGCGCGACUUCCUCAAGCUGUACCAGGUGCCCAGCGGCCUGAGCGAGAGAGUCAUGGACUACAUUGUCUCCACCUGGUCCAUGACCCGCGGCAUCGACACAGAAAAGGUGCUGCAGAUCUGUCCUAAGGACAUGCGGGCGGACAUCUGUGUGCACCUGAACAGGAAGGUGUUUAAGGAGCACCCUGCGUUUCGGCUUGCCAGCGACGGGUGUCUUCGAGCCCUAGCCAUGGAGUUUCAGACGGUUCACAGUGCCCCCGGGGACCUCAUCUUCCACGCAGGCGAGAGCGUGGACAGCCUGUGCUUCGUGGUGUCCGGGUCCUUAGAGGUGAUCCAGGAUGAUGAAGUGGUGGCCAUUUUGGGAAAGGGGGAUGUGUUUGGGGACGUGUUCUGGAAGGAGGUGACCCUGGCGCAGGCCUGCGCUAACGUGCGCGCCCUGACCUACUGCGAUCUCCACGUCAUCCGCCGCUCGGCCCUGCAGAAGGUGCUGGAGUUCUACGUGGCCUUCUCCAACCACUUCUCCCGCACCCUGCUACUCACCUACAACCUGCGCAAGAGGAUUGUGUUCCGGAAGAUCAGUGAUGUGAAGCGUGAGGAAGAGGAGCGAUUGAGGAGGAAGAACGAGGCUCCGCUGAACCUGCCACCCGACCACCCCGUCCGCCGGCUGUUCCAGCGCUUCCGCGAGCAGAGGGAGGCGCGGCUUGCCGCCGAACGAGCCAAUCAGGGGGAGUCUGAUCUGGAGAGGGGCAUCGACUGCGUGGGGCAGAAUUCAGUCAAUAAGGUCAUCGCCAGCACCAGCGUUGUCACGGUAACUGAGAGCCCAGCCACGCCCAUCCACUCCAGAGGCUCCGCCCAUGUCAAUCUGGAUGGCCCCGCCCCCUCCAACCUCCCCAGGUCCAGUGACCCCCCCAGGGGGAAGGGCUGGGCUCGUUUCCGUGACAACGUGGGGAAGGGAGGGGGCUGGAGCCAGGUGUCAAAGGCGGAGUCCAUGGAGAUGUUGGCGGAAAGAAAGACCCCCCAGGAGACGUCGCUGAAGAAGACCGACUCGUGCGACAGCGGCCUGACCCAGAGCGACCAGCGGCUAGACAGUGUGGGGGUGGGUGGGGGGGCGCGGUCUCCCCAGGACCCAGACACCCAAUUCAGCCCUGUUCCUGAGCUCCUGCCCCAUAGCUGCCCCGUCUCUGAGAUUCUGCCCCAUAGCUGCCCCAUGCCUGAGAUUUUGCCCCAUAGCUGCCCCAUCCCUGAGCUCCUGCCCCAUAGCUGCCCCAUCCCUGAGCUCUUGCCCCAUAGCUGCCCCGUCCCUGAGGUCUCGCUCCAGGCCGCGAUGGUAGAGCUGAGGCAGGAGCUGCGACAGGAUGUGGGCUCCCUCAGUGCCCGCAUGGGGGCGCUAGAGAGCCAGCUCGCCCUGGUGCUCGGCCUGCUGCAGGCUGGGAGACCCUCCCAGGCGGAGACCUCUCAGCCCCCCUCCCCUCAGUCUGACCAGGACGACAUCGCCUCCUAAAGCUGGGAGGCUCCACUCCACCAGGGGCUGAUGCUGCCCACAGACCAGGCAGAGACAAACCUGGGAAGAACCAGCUUCCUUUUGAAACUGUCAGUCACUGCACCUGGGUCUAAAUAUAUUAACCCUUUAGGCACCAAUAAUCACUGAUCAUUUUCAGUAAAACCUCUAAUUUCACCAACAUUCAAAAAAUAAAUUGUAAUUUUAUAUAAUUAUGUUAUUUUUUGUAAUGUGUUUCAAAUAUCUAGGGAAUGAGCACGUGAUCAAACAAAGUUAUAUUUUUUUAUUAAUCAAUAAUAUAUCUGUUGGGACAAUUUGUCCCAGCAACUGAUUUCAUUUGUCCUGAAGGAUAAAUUCCUAGUUUAUUCCUUUUUUAUGAUUUCAAUUAGUUCCUGUCUUAUUCAGUGAAGCUGUGAUUCAUCUGUUGCCUGUGUUUCAGACUCUGUGGAGACAUGAUGAGCUUGUGCCUAGGAUCACGCAUUUAGUGACAUAUUGAGGAUCUGUGCACCUUCAUAAACAUCCCCCUCCUCUACGCUUUGGUCCCAGAUAGUUGCUGUUACGUGUUGCGUGUUUCCCCCUGUAAUAUCAUUAGAUUCUCUCCUAGCGCUGUGUUAGAGGUACAGGCAGCCACAUUCACCCUAACCCUAAUGUUUCGUCUGCAUAUUUACACCAUCAAAAAUGGCAUAUCACGUCCUAAACACAAAAAACAAUAAUGCUUUUCAAGACUGUUAAGCGCUGCUAAUUAACCUGCUGGGUAAACUGUUCGCAAAACACUGUUAAUUCAGAUUGGAGCUUUAGAAACACACAGAAACACUGUUCAUUCAGAUUGGAGCUUUAGAAACACACAGAAACACUGUUCAUUCAGAUUGGAGCUUUAGAAACACACAGAAACACUGUUCAUUCAGAUUGGAGCUCAGGCUCAUUUAUGCAAAGGUGACAGGAUAUGCUGUCAAGGUUACUUUAUUUUUAAUUAGAUGUUAGAACAAUGCAAAUGAUGAAAAUGACUAAUUACUGUCAGAUAUUUUAAAAUGUUUUAGGAUGUGGGUUUUAUAUUAAAUCACAUUAAUAAUGCCUGAUCUACAGGAAAUGACUGCAGAUCCGCUGAUGU